CGACUUCUAAGAUGUUGUUUUUCUUUGCUGACAGAAAGGAACUUCACACGAUAAUUGUUGAGAGCAAGAAACAGAAUCAGCAGUUGUUUAGUCGUUUAAAAGAGACCUUCAAUCCACAGAUGUGCAGAGGAUUUGUGGACGCCUUUCUGAUCCGAAAGCAAAAUGUUGAGGAAUCCGGAAUCACAGACAGUCACUUCCAUGAUAAAAACCUGAUACAGACGGUUCUUAAUCUCUUUACUGCUGGCACUGACACAACAGCAACUACACUGUGAUGGGCACUACUAUAUAUGGCCAAGAAUCCAAAAAUACAAGAACAGGUCCAGGAGGAGCUAAGCAAGGUUAACGGAGGUCGUCAAGUGCAGGUUGAGGACAAGCAUCACCUGCACUUCACAAAUGCCGUCAUCCACGAAAUCCAGCGACUGGCUAACAUCGUCCCCAUGGCACUUCCUCACAAAAUGAGCCAAGACAUCACUUUCCAGGGUCACUUCAUUAAGAAGGGGACCACAGUGUAUCCUCUCUUGACAUCCGUCCUGUGUGAUGAGACUGAGUGGGAACACCCCAGCAGCUUUUAUCCUGCUCACUUCCUGGACAAAGAUGGGAAGUUUGUCAAGCGAGAUGCCUUCUUGCCUUUUUCAGCAGGUCGCAGGCAGUGUCCUGGGGAGAGUCUGGCAAGAAUGGAGAUUUUCCUCUUCUUUACCAGCCUCUUGCAGCACUUUCGUUUCACUCCUCCUCCAGGAGUUUCAGAGGAUGAAUUGGAUCUGACUCCAAUAGUGAGCUUUGCCGUUAGCCCGUCGCCUCAUAAACUGUGUGCUGUUCCUGUUGUGUGAGCUUUACAAUGCUGCUUUUCUAACAGUCAAUGGUGCGAGUUGGUUCAAGAUUUAACAUUUUGAGUUAUACAUCAUUAUAUUAAAUGUAAUGAUAAAGUAGGCCAAGAUCAGAUUUUCAAUAUCGAUGACGUAAUUUAAAUUAAUAGACAUCUUUCUCUUUAGUUUUGAAUGUCAAGCAUCACUACUUAAGCAGCUUCAACCAAAUAAUUGUCUUUAUUACUAAUAAAGCUCACUGAUGUGCUCAUCUUAAUGUCUCAUGAUAAAAGAGACUCCACUGCCAACAACAAGGAAUAAUAGUGAAGUUAAAGCUUAACAGUAUCCCAAAGGAACAAGUUAACCUCGAUACCUUUCAGGUCCAAUGCAAUGAUCUGUAAACGUCCCUAUAACUGGAUUAUUCUAUCCCCUUGGAAUGUUUUAAAGAUUAACUAUCUAUGCUACCCUUUUAAGAGCUUAACCGUCCCGGUCAAAGUUUGUCUCUAAUAUGUUUGAGCAUUGGUACUCUUUUUUACGACAAAACAAAAACAAUGAGCAUAUCAAAUAUAUAAACUUUUCUUUCAAACUCCGGGAGUACAGAAGAAAUUAUUAUGGACGCAAUUUCCAAGGGGAUGAUGAGGUUUUUUUAUGUUAAAUCUAAAGAAAUACCUAUAAUUUAUCAUUGACUUUUUUUGUCACACAAUGAUUAACACGAUUAUAGCGACAGCAGGAAACAAACAAAGUCACUGUGAGGCUGAGGCCGGGCCUGUUUGAUAUUGUGUGACACGCUACAAAAAAGUACUUGCUGAAAUCAAAAACUCUGUUGCAAAAUAAUGUAGUUUAAUGAAAACUGGGAUAAUCAACUUAUACUGCUUGGACAUGUACAUUGUUAUAUUAAUCGAAGAAAUCAUUUCAACUUGCGGUCAAAUAAAAAGUACAACGGCCCUGUGUCACCCUCUCUUCCACC